CGCGUUGACAGUCGAAGUACCGUUGAGAGCGUAGCUGGCGAAAAAAGUAAAAGUGAAAAUCAGGCCCUUGAAAUUUGUGUUCAUCAAUUAUGCAUUGAUUAGGACAAAAGCAAAACACAGUGAAAUUUAACAUAGCGCAGCGCCGCAACGGAAAAGUAAAUUUCGAAAAUCAAAGUUUCGAGUUUCCAAACACUCAAAAUUCGCACGGUGCCGUAAUCCAUAAUUGCGAGUAAAGAAAAGAGACCUGCGAACACACACACACUCGGUAUAGACACACACAGCAGUUCUGUGAGUGGGUGAGACGCCCCCGCAUUGCCCUUGGCCCCACGAACCUUAGCCAGCGUUCGAUUUUUCACAACAAGCUGAGAAAACGCUUAAUCGAACUCUAAACUGAGCUGAAAGCGCCACUAGCCAAUAGCCAGCAACAUGGACAUGCUCAACCAGAUACUCAGCAUCAAUAACGGGGGCGCCUAUGGGGGCGGCAAGGCGGGCGGCGCCUUCGAUCCGGUCACGUUCGCCAUGAAGCCCCAGGUUGUCAUCCGGGCGCUCUGCUGGCUCUUCUCAGUCGUUGUCUUCGGCUGCAUAUCCUCCGAGGGCUGGACGGAGAAGGAUGGCAAGGAAUACUGCCUUUUUAGUGGCGAUGGUAUGGCCUGUAAGUUCGGCAACAUGGUCGGCGUCUUCGGGUUCCUGGCCUCCAUGGGUUUCAUGGGAGGCGAGUUCCUGUUCGAAAGGAUGUCAUCGGUGAAGAGUAGAAAGCGUUACGUCAUGGCUGAUAUGGCUUUCUCGGCCUUCUGGACCUUCAUGUACUUUGUGGCCUUCCUGUAUUUGUGGUCCCAAUGGAGCUCGUCGCCCCCGCCGCCGCUGGGCAUUGGAGCUGGCAGCAUGAAGACCGCCAUCUGGUUCUGCCUCUUCUCAAUAGUCACCUGGGCCCUGUGCGCUCUGAUGGCCUACAAGCGAUUCCUGAUUGGCGCCGGCGAUGAGUUCACCUCGGCCUUCGAAACGGACCCGGCCAACGUGGUGCACCAGCAGGCCUACGGCUACUCCAUGGACAAUGACAAUGAUCAAUAUAGCGCCUCGCCCUUUGGUCAGCCGCAGCAGGGUGGUAUGGAGCAGCAGCAGCAAUCCGGCAUGGAGUACCAGCAGCCCACCUAUUAAGGAUUUUCUCCCACUUGCUCCUCCGUUGUCCACAGAACACUCACUUCGAUUUUGUAGUGCAAAUGGCAAACGUUUUACACGACUAAACAGCAAACACACCAGUUGGCUUUACCAUAUACACCGAUGUCGAACAUAUAACAAAAGUAACAAAGUAACAGAAACAAUAAAGCAGUUGGUUAAAUCGAGGAAAGCAUGAAAGAUGCAAAUACAAAAGUCAAGCAAUUGCAGAUACAAUGCCACGCACUUGCUUUAGCUACCAGAGGAUAUAUAAGGAUUUGUCGGAAUAGUUUGAAUAUAUAACUCUUAAGCUAGCCCCCUAAGUUGAGUGUGUGCAGUUUUUGUAGUGAAAAUUUGUUGCAAUAUAUAUAUAUGUAUAUGUAUAUAUAUAUAUAUAUAUAUACAUAUAUUAUACAGAUAUACAACUAGUUAUGUAUCCCAUAUGUAUACAUGCAUUCAGGCUACCCAGUUGAGGCAUUGUUUUGUGCAUUGCGUACUCGAUAUAUGAUAUGAUAUAUGCUUUCAACGUUGUUAGUUAUUUAGUGUUUACGUGUACGUACUUAUUAUAUAUAUGAAUGAUUUUGGUUUGUGCCAGGUCCUGGUCGCCCCGAUCAGCUAUAUAUAGCUUGCUACCGAAGGAAUUCAAGCAGACGAGAUUUUUUAGAUAAAUUUACACACAAACAGCAGCAAUUUGGUCAGAAACAGAACGCUAUUCCGAUACACUGCUCAAGCCACAUAUCCAAUAAACCGAAACUGGACAGCCCCACACAUAAGAGUCCUGCGGCCAGGGCCUAAGCUUGUUAAGAGAAACAACAAUAAACGCCAAACAAUA